GAAUUCUGUACUUUAAUUCGACAUUGUAUUAUGACAUUUUAAAUAUCGGUAGUUGCAUAACGUGGGAAAAAGUAUUUUUCUUUCACAUAUAAAUUGGGUUGUGUCAUAAUCUAGAUUGGAAAUUUUGAAAAUGCAAUCUUCCAGACUUUUAUCUCGUUUGCUGGUGAGGCAAGCUACCAGAAAAUAUUCCUCAAAAGCAAAUUUCGAUAUCCCAUCAAUGAAUGAACUGCCAACACCUAAGGGUGAUUGGAAGACCAAUUAUGAUGCAAUGAACAGACGGUAUACACUUCAUUUGCUAUUAGGUGUCGGUGUCUUUGCUGGUACCUUAGUUUUUGGCAAAGCUGCAGGUUACCUCGAAUUUUACGACGAUAUUCCUGAAGAACCAGCAGUCAUCAAAAACUAUAAAGACUUGUAAAUGUGUAUGUUAGUUAGAACAUAAUUAGUUGUAAUUUGAGUAAUCCAUUAUACGAAUGGUAAUAAUAUUUCUUAUUAUGUCCUUCUCUUUUGUUGAAGUAAGUGGAGUAGUCAAAUUUGUAGAUGAGAUAGUUACGACAAGAUCGUUGAUUCGUGGUGGUCUAACAUGUUGUUUGAAUUAAUUGUUCAAGGAUUUUUAAAAAAAAGAGUAAUAAACAUUCAACAAUU